CUCGGGCUCCUGUCCAACUUUCCUGGGAGGGCCUUGACGUUCGUGCCAAGCAGAAGAGCUUCAAUUUGUUUGUGUUCCUUGUGGCUGUCGGGCUUGACGGGGAAAUUCUGUUGAAGGAAGGCGGACUUCUGGCCCGCCCCUUGUGCCGGGACACCGGGCCCGAAGGUGACUGGCGCCCCGGAGCCUCGGAGCCCGCCCUUCCCUCGCACCUGCGGCCCCCCGGGCCCCGCCCCUCAGGGGGUGGCUGAGGGAUUUGAGGCGGAGCGUGGAGGAAGAAGGGGGAAGGGGGCGGAGAGGGCCCGCCCCCAGGCCUGACGCCGGUCUCGCCGGGCGCCCGCGGUCCGGCAGUCGUCUUGUGCAGAGCGGCGCCAUGGAACAGCUGGUGCUACGGGCCCGGGCGGCCUUCCAGACGGGCCGCUCGCGGCCACUGGCCUUCCGGCAGCAGCAGCUGCGGGCCCUGCAGAGGAUGGUCCAGGAGCACCAGAAGGAGAUCCUGGCGGCGCUGGCCCAGGACCUGCACAAGAGUGAAUUCAACGCAUAUAGUCAAGAAGUUAUUAGUGUUCUUGGGGAGCUUGACCAUGCACUGGAGAAACUUCCUGAGUGGGUUACCCCAGAGCCAGCUAAGAAGAAUCUCCUGACAAUGAUGGAUGAGGCCUAUGUCCACUCAGAGCCUCUUGGAGUGGUCUUGAUUAUUGGGGCGUGGAACUACCCAUUUGUCCUAAAUAUCCAGCCUUUAAUAGGAGCCAUCGCAGCAGGAAAUGGUGUCAUACUCAAGCCAUCAGAAUUAAGUGAAAGGACAGCCAUGCUCUUGGCCAAGAUCAUCCCUCAGUAUUUAGACAAGGAGCUGUACUGUGUAAUUAAUGGUGGCGUUAAGGAAACCACAGAACUUCUGACGCAGAGAUUUGACCAUAUUCUCUAUACUGGAAGUACUGGAGUAGGGAAGAUUGUUAUGGAAGCAGCUGCCAAGCAUUUGACCCCUGUUACCCUGGAGCUCGGAGGGAAGAGUCCAUGUUACAUCGAUAAAGAUUGUAAUCUUGAUGUUGCUUGCAGACGUAUCACCUGGGGGAAGUAUAUGAACUGUGGUCAGACCUGCAUUGCUCCAGACUACAUUCUCUGUGAGCCCUCCCUCCAGAAUGAGAUUGUGGAGAAGAUAAAGGAAACUGUAAAGGAAUUCUAUGGUGAAGAAAUUAAAAAGUCUCCUGAUUAUGAAAGGAUCAUCAACCUUCGUCAUUUUAAAAGGGUCAUAAAUUUACUUGACGGACAAAAGAUAGCUUUUGGAGGGGAGACGGAUGAGGCUACACGAUACAUAGCCCCAACUAUCCUUACUGACGUUAACCCCAACUCCAGGGUGAUGCAAGAAGAGAUUUUUGGGCCUGUGCUUCCAAUAGUGCCUGUGAAAAAUGCAGAUGAAGCAAUACGGUUCAUAAAUGAGCGAGAAAAACCCCUGGCCCUGUAUGUGUUUUCAAAUAACAACAAGCUGAUUAAAAGGAUGAUAGAGGAAACCUCCAGUGGUGGGGUCACUGGCAAUGAUGUCAUCAUGCAUUUCACUCUCAGUUCUCUGCCCUUUGGAGGAGUUGGUAACAGUGGCAUGGGUGCAUAUCAUGGAAAACACAGUUUUGACACCUUCUCCCAUCGCCGAUCAUGCCUAAUAAAGAGUUUAAAGAUGGAAAGUGCCAACAAGCUCAGAUACCCACCAAAUAGCCAGUCCAAGGUAGACUGGGCAAACUUCUUCCUCUUGAAACACUUCAACAAAGGCAGAAUUGGUCUCUUCUUCCUGGCUUUUCUGGGUAUCCUAGUAGCCAUAACUGUAAAAAAAUACCAAGCUGUGCUGAGGAGAAAGGCCCUGUUGAUUUUUCUGGUAAUUCACAGACUUCACUGGUCCAAUAAACAGUGAGGAGCAGCGGAUUGCCCCAGGCAGCACUAUCGGUGAAGGCGAGUUUCGAUCCUACUAAAAAAGAUGGCUCAGGUUCCACUUGCAAGUUGUCUUUGCUGGAUCUCUUCUUUUGUUACCUGAUUCGUGAGCAAAUUGAUUCCUGUUAACAAUAUUAAUAUAAAAGUGCAAAGAUUAACCUCAAAGCAGACUGCUAUUUCCUCUUCUAAAAACCUGCCAUUUCACUCCCAUCUCCAAACUCUUCUAGCAACGGGGCGAAUGUUUCUGAUUGAGUUUGUUAUAGAUGGAGAUUGUUAAAGGAUGGAGGAGAGAGGGAUGCUUUAGGUGGGACUCUGGUUCCCUUCAACCCUCAGAACAUGAGAGGGGGCAGGGUGUGGGCAGAGCUUUGGAAAGGUUUCCUCGGUUUCUUAGAGCCCCUCACAGCCCAGAGGCCUUUAGGGUGGGCACAGAGACUGGAUAAGCAGUAGUAAAUCAGUGCCUUGUAAUGCCAGGCCGGAGGAGGGACACCCAGUCUUUCCAUUGGCCACACUGCAGUUUGGAGGGAAUUAGAAUGGCAGCACUCAGAGAGGCCCAGUGGGAUGCAGGUAGCUGUUAAACUUGGCCCUUACCAAGAACUCAGUCACUGUCCUGUUUGUGAAUACAGGGAUCCUUUUCAAAGCAAACAACUAAGUUUAUUUCCCAAUUAAGGGCUUCACAGAGGACAGGUGUCCGUAAUUUGUCUCCUGUCAUGUUUUGUGUUUUACUGGGGAGCUUUUGGCAGCCCGAGUUAAUUCAUGUGCCUUUGCCGGGGCUGCCAGCUGCGUAGGAGGCACCACCACUGCCGGCCAAGGGCAGCUUUUACAUAUUGAUCCUGCCAUUGUGGAGUCCUCAGCCGAGCCGCUUCUUAUGCUAUUAAAAGCCCUCCUUCCCUCAGCUUCAGACCCCCCCAACCUGGUAUUUGUGAACAGAAGUUUGUUUGGCACCAGGACAAAUCUCCAUUUUCAAAUGAUGUGCUCCAAAGUGUAAGCAGCUUGUGCUUUCUGAUACAUUUUAAAGCCAAAUGUCCCUCUUUCUAAAUAAACUCAAAAUGUAGAAUUUGGAAUUUGAAUAAAGUAGGGCAUCAAAUCAUCUUACUGAAACCGAUGCCUUAAGAGGAAGGAAUGUGCAGGCUGGAGACCAUCACGUGGUGGAUGACAGCCCAAGUCAGAGAUGUGUUUAGUGUAAUAUUGUCCCGGCUUUGCCAGACACCAUCAAUAACCAGCCCGAUCAAUGAGGAGGAAAGAAUUCCAGAAGCCAGGAGCAGAAAGGCUGAAUCCCCAGGUGAAAGUGUAGGCCCAGGUUGGGGGGGGGGGGGCGGUGUAGGUGGGUAUGGGUGGUUCUGUGUAGGUGUGGUCAAGAGAUGAAAGGAGAGCCAGGGGUCAACAAAAGGAGCAAGAAGGAGAAGGGAACCACCAGACACCUCACCAUCUCCUGAUGUACCAGGCUGUGUGGGUAUGCAGUGGCACCAAGACUGCCGGCAUACCAGAUUCUGUAGGUGGGAUCUGGCAACCCCGGUCACCCAUGUUAGCCCUUGCAUGCUUAAAAAAUUUCAACUGAAUUUAUGGAAAAGUUUCUCUCCAUCCAAAUACGUCUUCAAAUUUAUGAAAUCAAUGGUGGUCUCAGGAGAGGAAUGAAAUUUCCCUUGGAGGCUUACUUCAUUGACAGCUUUGCUGGAUUGGAUCUAUUGAGGCACAGUUAUAAUCUGCUGGUAAAGCUUCACAUACUACAAGUAAUCAUUAGCUUGCUCUAGGGAAUGGAACUGGUGAACUCAAUGGUGACCUUACAAUGUUAGACCUGGACUUUAAACCUGCUUUGACUUAGCAUAUCAGAAUCCUGUAUCGCAUUUGCCUUUUUGGUAAAAACUACACAGCUGCCUGGCUACUAGCCAAAAAUCGUUAUUAUGAAAAAUCUUUAUUAUGAUGAUUAAUAAAAUUGAGAUGAGUUUUA